UCCUCCCGCAACAGACGCGCCGCAGCGAGCCAGCGAGAAACUCUGCAGUCGAGUCGGCGCCGCGGCCGGAGCCCGGAUGCCCUAACCCGCCAAACCGCUCAAAAUCCAAAUCCAAAAAUUCCCAUCUCGCCUCGGCUAGGCGAAUCCCCAAACCCAGCUCUGCCCAUGGCGUCCUCCGUUCCCGUAGUCGACAUCCUCGACGAUGACGACGACGACAAUGGCCUCGCCGUCGCCUCCCCUCCCUCUCGCAGGCGGUCCAUCGGAUCCUCCGGAAUCUCCUCCCGCGACUUCCUCGACGCGUUCUCGCCGUCCCCGCCCCAGCAGAAGCGGCCUUUCCUCGCGGCGGAGGGCCCCAUCAACCUCGACGACACCCCGUCCCCGCCAAAGCGGCGGCGCUCCUCGGUCUCCAUUGACCUCGACGACACCCCGUCCCCGCCAAAGCCGCGCCUCUCCUCGGUGCCCAAGCUGCCGGUUCUUGUGGUGGACGACGACGUAGCGCCCUCAUCCCCCGGUGCCGUUGCUACCGACAGGCCCAAUUCUUUGUUUCGCUGCCCCGCUUUCUCCGAGUCCCCGGAGACGGUUGUACCCAGUUCUGUCGGCCUCGGCAGUGUUGCUGUUGAGACCCCGGGCUUUGCCUCCCCGCGCUCGGUUAGGCCACCUGCUGCCCCUGGCAUGUCAUUCGCUCCGCCGGCACAAAACGGAUCUGGAGUUACCUCUCUGAUAUCACUUGAUAGUGACGAUGAGUCAGAUGAUGACAUCAUGAACAGGGAGCCUUCAACCAAUUUGCCAAGCAAUACGGAAGCGAUGAUGUGCCAGAAGGACGACGAUGCCCAACAUGUGCAGGCAAAGCAGAAAAGACAACCGGCAGGGAAGAAACUGACAAAGGAGGAGAAAGACAAACUGACGCAAGAAAGAAAACAAAAACAACAGGAAGAUAAACUACUGAAGCAAGCUUUGAAAGAUAAACUAGCUAAGAAGAAGAAAAUGGAAAAAGCAAUUCAGAAGUGGGAAUCAGGAAAACUUGCUUUAGAAUGUAUUACUGUUGAGAUUGACAACAGUGUUAUCCAAAGGGGCUCCAUUGGAGGUCCUCUUCUUUCAAGUUUGACAGAGAACGGUCUUUCCUAUGAACCUACUAAGAAUAAAAUUAGUGGUUCGAUUUUAUGGAAGUUGGAUGUUCCUGAUGAUAUUGCUGAGGCAUUUUCCGAUCUUAAAGAUAGCUGUGAUAUGAACCAAAAUCCAUUGUCACAAGUGAAAUAUGUUGCAAUUGUGCUUGAAGCCGAGGAAUUUUGUAAUCUUAUAAGCAAUGGAUCAUUCUUUGAUCAUGUCCAAAGAGUUCGUGAUGGAUACCCAGGAUUCACUAUUUGCUACAUCAUUAAUAAAUUGAUGAACUACGUCAACAAAUGUGAGCAAAGUCAAUACAAGAACCCUUCAAAUACUUGGAGACGUCCACCAGUGGAAGAGGUUUUAUGCAAACUGGCAACACACUAUAUUAAUGUUCACUCAAGGCAAUGCAUAGAUGAAGCUGAAGUAGUAGAGCACCUUGUGGGCCUGACGUCUAGUCUUGGAAAAUGCAAAUUCAGGAAACCACUAACAUGGUUAUCUGUGCAUGCUAAUGGUGCAGUUAUCCCUAAAAAUUUUGUUCAUAAGAACCUGGCGAAGAACAACACCUGGUUAAAAGCUUUAAUAGCUAUCCCUGGCAUCCAGCCAGGAUAUGCUUUUGCAAUCUGGAAGAAGUAUCCCUGUAUGAGAUCCCUUCUAAAUGAAUAUAUGGAUGCCAGUAAAACCGUUGCCGAGAAGGAACGUCUGCUUAGCGACUUGAAGUCGGAAGAUCGCCUGGGUGAUGAACGCAGAAGGUUGGGUGACAAAUGCUCUAGAAGGGUGUACAGAAUGCUCAUGGCACAAAAUGGAGACUUGGAUACAGAUGACCCCGAAGCUGGCGGUAGAGCUUAGUGCUUAAUCAUCUGGACCUUGGCCAUCAAUGUAUGCAUGCCCUCUUGAUGACCGGUUUGUGUACAUAUCGUCCUUUUGAUCAUGCUUGUCUUUACUGAUGCAUUGUCAGGGUAGGGUGAAAGUCGCAUUAGCUCGUGCGAUCUUCAGUGCCCAAAGCAUGACCUGCAAUGCUACACGAUGGCACAAGCUGUAUCCUGUAUGUUUUAUUUAUUAGCGAGCUGUGAAAAGCAUUUGGUCGAAUGCUGGGAAACUGGAUAGUAAGGCAUCGCUGUGCUUAGAUUACUGCCUUUAAGCUAUGUGGACCAGCAGUCUUCUGCAACUUUUGAGAACCAAAGAUAAUGUUAUAAUAAGUUCAUAAAGGCGCAAGGAAAUGUUUGCUUGUGUCUCUAUAUCA